GCGGAGUGAAGUGUUUUUUGCCAAAAAAUUAAAAAUACGUGUAAAGUAAAAUUUUGCUUUUAAUAAAGUAAAGUUAAAUAAUGUUACGUUCGCUGUUUUGCACGUACGUAUUAAUUUUACUGGCGCAGUUCUUGGUUUCCGGUAAUGCUUUCCCAAAUUUCCUGUAUUAUCCUGCCAGUCAGGAAUAUCCUUUGGCCACUCUGCCAAACGGGGAUAACGAAUAUUUAAUAUGGCAUCUGGAUAAUCCGCUACACUUUUAUAGUGAAAAAUAUGAUCAAUUAUAUAUAAAUACGAAUGGAAUCUUGACUUUCAACGCCGAAUUUUCAGAAUAUAUUAAUCAACCCUUUCCACUGGAAUAUCCAUGCAUAGCUCCAUUCUACUCCAACGUUGAUACAACCGCAGGAAAUGAAUCAUCAUCGAUAAGCAUUUUUACUACACAAGAUCCUAAUCAAUUGCGGGAAGCCAGUCAUAUGGUGCAGCAAGCUUUUGCAGGAAAGAUAGAUUUUGAGGCUACGGAUGUAAUAGUGGCUACAUGGGAAAAAGUCGGCUACUAUGAUUCAAAAACCGAUCAAUUAAAUACUUUUCAGACUGCUUUGAUUGUAGAUGAUAAAGAAACUUUUGUUCAGUUUAUUUAUCCAAAAGACUGUCUUAACUGGUUGAAAGGUGAAAAUGGUCCCUUGGGACUACCAGACAUUCGAGCUCAAGCUGGUUUUGUGGCUGAAGAUGGUCGUUAUUUCAAUUUACCUGGUUCCGGUUCCGAUGGUGUUCGUUUUUUAAGUGAAAAUUCGAACAUUGGAAUACCAGGCGUAUGGCUUUACCAUGUUGGUCCUUUAAACUAUGAUAGCAAUGUUGAAGGUCCUAGAAACAAUAAUUUAGUCACAGAAAUACCUUCGAGCUUGCAAACCUGCCAGGACGUCGGGCUACGUACUUGCAGUCAAAAUGCUGAGUGCAUAGAUAAAGCGAGUGGCUUCUGCUGCGUUUGUCGCCCAGGAUUUUACGGCAACGGGAAGGUCUGCAUUAGAAACGAUAUACCCGUUCGUGUCACUGGUUCGCUCAUGGGCGAACUUAACGGGGAGCUAAUUAAUGAACGGUCGAAACUGCAGUCAUAUAUAGUUACUGCAGAUGGUCGCAGUUAUACCGCUGUUACACCUAUUAGCACUGAACUGGGCACCAAUUUACGUUUAGCUUUGCCUAUAGUUACCUCUAUUGGUUGGCUUUUUGCUAAGCCAUUGAAGCAAUAUAUGAAUGGUUACCAGUUAAGCGGCGGAGAGCUGCUGCAUGAAGCUAAACUUAGUUUUAGUACUGGUGACGUCUUGUUAAUUAAUCAAACAUUUGAGGGCCUCAACUAUUGGGAUCAAUUGUCAGUUAAAGUAGAUCUACACGGCCGCGUGCCUUAUGUGAAUCAUCGCCGUAAAUUGCAUAUGUCCGAGUUUAGUGAAGAAUACGAAUUUUUAAAACCAAACGAAUUGUACUCAAGAAACGCCCACGUUCUGGAAAUACCUGAAGAAAAUCGUUUCAUCAAUUUUCAGCUGGAGCAGAAAAUCUACUUUGAACGCUGUUGGGCGGAUAAGAAAGCUAAAAAUCCUGAAGGAUUGAAAUACAUGCAGAAAAUAUCGAAGAUAAUGUUGGAUUACUUCGAAAAGGACAGGGCUUUGCGUACUAGUAUAUUAGCAGUAGUCGGUGUCAAUGCCACUUCUAAUGCUUGCACCGACGGCACUGCCAUCUGUAGCGAAAAUAUGGUUUGCAUUCCUUAUGAAGACACAUAUCGUUGUGAUUGCGUUCAUGGUUUUACGCCACAAGUAACUACCUCAGAAGUUGAACAAUGUGUAGAUAUCGAUGAGUGUGCAUUAGGGACUCAUGUCUGCGAUGAAAAGGCUAUGUGCGUUAAUAGUCAAGGAGGAUUCUCUUGUGUGUGUUUUGAAGGCUUUGAGGGUAACGGUUUUAAGUGUUUCAUGAAUCUUUCUUUAGCCGAUAAUAUUGAGUCGCCUGUUACGGUGACCAGUGCUGUAGAAACUAGAAAUAGUGAUCGUAGAGUUAUUUUGGAAAACAACAAUCAAGAAAAUUUCACUACGCCGUCACUAGAGUACCAGGGAGCAUCAGUACAUCAAGUAGAUAAUUGUUAUCGCUGUUCACCUUAUGCCGAUUGUUGGGAAGGUCAUUGCGUUUGUCGUGAAGGUUUCUCUGGCGAUGGACUCUUUUGCGUUAGUAAUUGCCCCGCUGAUGAGAUUUGGGAAAAGGAUGGGUGUAUAAAAUUGCCUUACGAGACUGACGUUCAGCCUCGCUGCAAUUUCUUGGGUCAGUGCACUUGUGAGAUAGGCUACGAGUUUACCGAAGAUGGUGAAAUGUGUCGCUUUGUUGGCCAUUUGAUAGAUGAAAGUAAAAGUGAUGAAUUGGUUCCUUGCGAUGUGGAAUUCAAUUGCCAUCUAAAUGCUACCUGCGAUUGGUAUGAAAUGGAAUUACGACAUAAAUGUUCCUGUAAGUUAGGUUACUAUGGGGACGGUUACCACUGUAGCAUUAUUGACGAUUCAUGCGUAAUGAAACCUGAAGUAUGUGAUUCUCAAGCUACAUGUGGCUACAAUGAAGGCUUAGGUAGAUCUCAAUGUCAAUGUAAGAGAGGCUAUGAGGGGGAUGGUAUCCAUUGUGCACCUGCUCCCGAAUGUUUUGAAGAUUUGGAUUGUGGUCUAAAUGCACAUUGUGAAAAAGACGUUUGCCAGUGUUCACCAGGAUUUGAACGUGACAUGGAUGAUAUUUGCGCUUUGGCUGGCAGCUGUGGUCUUGUACUAUGCGGGAUUAAUGCUGUGUGCAAAUACGAUCGUUUGCAAGGAGUGAAAUACUGUGAUUGUAUGCAAGGUUAUGAAGGUGAUGCAUUGAUUGGUUGCAAGAGUAAACCCAUACCUUGUAAUAUACAAUUCAAUUGCGGAGUUCAUGCCAACUGUGAGAUUACCAAAGAUCCUAUUCAUCAUGAGUGUCAAUGCGAUGCCGGGUACCAUGGAGAUGGUUACACAUGCGUAGAAGAUGAAAAUUGUUUAAACAGUCCUCAUCUAUGCGAUAUGAAUGCGCAAUGCUUGUCAACUAAUAAUGGUUUGGUGUGCGCUUGCAAUAAAGGUUUUUAUGGCAAUGGUAGCUUGUGCUUAGAACGCCAACAACAUGAUUCAGGUUUUCUGAUUAUCUCCCAAGGAGUGGUCAUAGUGCGUGCGCCGGUCAAUGCAAAAAAUGUAAAGCCAAUAUCAGUGGCUUCAAUGGCCAUUGGUUUGGAUAAAGAUUGUUUGGAGGGGCGUAUAUAUUGGGGUGAUAUCUCAGCCAAAAAGAUAGUCAGUAUUAAAUAUGAUGGAACCGAUAUGAAAACAUUAAUAACUAAAGAUAUUGAAUCUCCUGAGGGCAUAGCUGUUGAUUCUAUGUCAAGGCGUAUUUAUUGGACCGAUUCCAUUAAAGACACCGUAGAAGUGGCCAGUUUGGAAGACCCAUCAUUACGUACAAUUUUAAUCAAUAAAAGUUUAGUGAAUCCCCGCGGUAUUGCCGUAGAUCCUUACAGAGAAAAACUGUACUGGUCGGAUUGGAACCGAGAAUCGCCUAAGAUUGAAAUGUCUGAUUUAGACGGCACGGCUCGUGAGGUCUUGCUCGGUCAAGAAAAUGUUCUGCUGCCAAAUUCUCUAGUAGUUUUAGAACGUACAGGCGAAUUGUGUUACGCUGAUGCAGGCACAAAGAAGGUAGGAUGUAUCGAUGCUUACACGAAGAAAGUACGCAGUAUAUCCAAUGAACUAACUUAUCCUUUCGGGUUAGUCUACACUCAUGACCACUUUUAUUGGACUGAUUGGAUAACCAAAAAAUUGGAAAGUGUUAAUACUUUGGGCCAACGGCAGAAAAGUUUGCAAAUCCCUUUCUUUGGUAGUCAUAAAAUGUACGCCAUGACUGCGAUAGAAGACCAUUGCCCGCAAAUGGAUAGUCCUUGUCAGAUAAACAAUGGAGGGUGUUCUGAUUCGCGCCUAUGCUUAGUAAAUCGUAAGGCCCCUUCGGGCAAAAGCUGUAAAUGUACUAGACUGUCUAAAUUAUGUAGUGCUCCGUCUAGUUUUUUUCUGUAAAAACAAUUACUGGCUUCGCCGUGUAAAGAUUUUAUAUUUGUAAUUAUUAUAAUUUUGUUUCUGAAAUAUACCAGAACAUAACAUUACUAAGUAGGUGUAUUGAAAAACAAUAACAAUAUUUAUCAUUUAAUAACGUUUGUGCUAUUUCCCACUUGUGAAAUUUUUUAUAUAC